AUGCCACUGGAUUACAGCAAGAAAAAGAAAGAUAGAGGCGUUUUAAUAGCAAGGAAGAUGCAGGCAGACAUCUUUGAAGUUCCUCAGAGUAUAAAGACAGAGAGCAUCUUUACUGAGACUGAUGCAACCCAGUUUGUUGAUGAGACAGCAUAAAGGAAGAGCCUGAUCAUCACUCUGGGGUCAUGGAAAAAGCCUCAGACUCUGAGAACAACCAAGUAAACAUGUGCUGGAAAUAUAUCCAUAACAUCUUUAUGUGUAAAAAGGUACAGUGAAGGAGAUUUUUUCCUAAUCAGAAAACUGUUUUAAUGUACAGAUUGGUUCUGAUAAUAAUUUCAAACCAAUCCUUGCUAAAUACAGAUCAGAUGUCCUACCACUCAUAGUUGAGGAAUAUGAUGUCUUUAGCCACGCUGAGAAGACAAUGAUGUCCCUUGUGAAUCAGCUCCUUUGUGGUUUACAUUUGAUUGACGGCUUGGCUCACCAGGCAAGCACAACUCUUCUUCUCUGGGAAAAUAUUAUUUUUGGAGAAAAUAAAGUAGGAGUCCACAGCUCUCCUGACAUUGGACCAACAGAGUUGGAGUCUGGAACAGUGCGAUUGGGGAAUACUGUGAAUCAUGCUGUCCAAGAACAGCGAUGGGGAAUGGACGGUUAUCUUGUUCCGUUCACAACCUUUCUGGCCAGCAAAGGAGCAUUUUAUGAAGUGCCCUUAUCUCCAUCCAGUGGAAACAGAAUUGACGGUCUGUUUCAUAAUGCUGCUGGGGUGUAUAGCAUCCAUGAUGAUAUAAUUGUACCAGGGACUAUGAAGAUGAGAGUAGUAUGCUUGCAGCAGUUGCUGCUGGUUUGGAGGUUCAGCCAUUUAAAGCAGGAUGCAGAGCUCUGGGUCUGAUUUCUAAGAUAAUCAUUGAUCCUCUCUGGAGAGCCUUGACUUUGAAGGAAGAUGUGUUGGACAUGGAAGUAAGAUACCAAACCCUUGUUACCAAGCUCAAGCAAUGGCAUGAAGAUGGAAGAGACCUUGUUGAAGGAAAUGUACGCUUGUUUGAUGACAUUGAGGUACCCAAGGACCUUGUGUUUGACAGGCUUACCAUGUGGACAGACCCAGACUUUUUUCAAUUGACCGUUCAGAUUGUUGAGUUACUCCUAGCUAGUUUUCUGAGGGUAUGUUGUAAGAUGCUGCUGAUCGACCUACAGCAAGUGUCAAAGAUAAAUGAUCGAUGCAGAAAGGAUUUUGAAAUCAUAGAACAAUUGCAAAAGGCAAAAGCCAAUUCAAUAAGUAUUGCUGUUGAAGCCAUGGGCAUGUGCAAGACGAAUCACACUUGGGAAUGGCUGUCCUUUUUGGAUGCACCAAAAAUAGUGUCAGUGUUGAAAGCUCUCCAGAUAGUGUAG